GCGGCUGUGACACGGCUGUCCGUAGCUGGUUGCGAUCGGACGUGCGCUUGGAUUUGGGUUUCGGUUUCGCAAGGCGACCUCCCGUGUGUGUGUGUGCGUGUGUGCGCGUUUGACGCAUGACGCUGUCGCGUCGGACAUGCUAGCCCAUCCGUGGCUCCAGUUCCUGCAUACGCCGCUCGGUGUCUCGUCCCAUGGACUGUCACUGGCACUCGCAAAUGGGGACGUUGGCGCGGUGGCCGCAGAGCACCGGCAUCGGGUUCCGCAAGGCUGCGCCGGCCCGCGCGCCUGCGCCGACCAUCGCUUCCCUACGCUGGUCAUGGAUGUGGCGAUUCGAUGCACUGCCCCUGGAUGUGGAUGUGAGUGCUUUUCCCCUGGCAAAGGUGGUCAUCGGUUUUGUUCUUCCUGUCAACACGGCUGGGUUGCUCACGCGUUAGAGAAACUGGGCCAGCAACAGCAGUCUCGUCGCCAUGGCCUGGGUGCCGGUGGUGGUGCUGCCCCCGUGGAGUUGGUGCAAGCCAGUUCAGCCUUCGACCUGGCAUCCCUGGUGCUGUACGGGGCCCAGGCCAUUCCAGUGCGGCUCAAAAUCCUUCUGGACCGACUGCUCAGCGUUCUGCCUCACGACGACGUACUGCACGUCCUCCAUGGCUUUGGAUGGACGUACGAAGACUACGUGCGGGGGUACAUCUUACAGGACUCAAAUGGUACAUCCCUGGAACGUUGGGCAAUGGCAAGCCGAGAAGAAGAGCCGCUCAUCCUGCAGCAGUUCCUGCGGUUCGGCGAGACGAGAGCCCUGGCCCACUACUUCAUCGCCACCGAGAGCGAGCGGGCAGCGGCGGAGCACAGGGAGUCGCUGGCUUUGCACGGCGAGUCGGACAUCAAGAAGUUCAUCGAAAGAUCCAACCGGGUAUCGGCUUCAUCUUCUUCAUCCGCUGUGUACGCAAGCAGCAAGUCGGGUCCAAUAUUCACGAAUGCCGGAACGACCGAAUCCAUAGUGGGAAGUCGAGGAGGCAGUGGAGGUGUGGUCAUCACGCGGUCCUCUCAGGGUUUAAGGCACCACCACACGCCGAGCUCUACGCACUCAGUAUCACCGCCAGCUCCUGGUACCUCACCGGUGUCAAGCCCCAUCACCAGUGUGUCGUCGUCACCACUGAACAGGUUGCAGAGUAUGCAGCCUUACGACUUCAGACACCAACAAGUAGAGAGGAGAAACAGCAGUCCAGACAAUCUCAGGUCAACGGGUGAAGGACUAAGAGCAUCGGACAUUGCAUUGAUGCACAACCAAAACAACAACAACAACACAACACCAGCAUCGUCGCCGACAAACAACAUGUCCGGUGCAUUUCUGAACCACAGUUCUGACUUGAGCUUAACAGACGGCAUGUCCGACGAAGAUACUAUGGACGGCGGGGCUAUAAACCUGACUCUCGGAAGUGCUCCGGGUUCGUUGGACUCUGUGUUCGCGGCAAGGAAAGUGAAGCACCUCCGCAAGUCGGCUAACCCGAUGAAGCGACGGUGGAAUCCGAUGGUGCUGAGCACACUGACAACGAACCCAGCCACUGGCAAGAGACGAGUGCAGUGCCACGUUUGUCUCAAGACCUUCUGUGACAAGGGAGCGCUUAAGAUCCACUUCAGCGCAGUGCACCUUCGAGAAAUGCACAAGUGUACAGUCGAGGGCUGCAACAUGAUGUUCAGCUCGCGAAGAAGCCGCAAUCGGCAUAGCGCAAACCCAAAUCCCAAGUUGCACACGCCAAAUCUCCGGCGGAAGAUAAGUCCCCACGACGGUCGGACGGCAAACCCGUUUCCGUUGCUCCCACCCUCGACGCUGCUCAAUUUUAACAGCAGCAACAACAACGCUGCUGCUGCUGGCCUCAUCUCACCGGGAGCUCUGACAUCGAGUCUGCACGAGAAAAUCAGUUCGAUUCAAGAAAAGAUGCUCCAGGAGAAAAUGCUGCAUGAAAAGAUGAUACCAUUGUGUCCUACCCCUCCAACGCCUGUAGCUUCGACGCCACACGGUGACGGUGUCCUGUCGCUGACCAAGAAGCCCGACGAAAAGACGGACAACAGACGAGAGGAAAGGAAGCAUACCAGUUCGCCAGAAAGAGGGGAACGGUGCGUAAAUCUGAGCAUCGACAAGGAAAGCAAAAACGGUGAAAACAAGGCGUCUUUGACUACUUCUGGAGGGCUCAACUUCAGCCUGAACAAGGGCGUUCGUAAACGAAAGGCCCUGAACCCAACGAGAUGCGCCGCGAUCAUAAGCGACGAUGACCUUCGAGACGCUUCUUCGGAUGAUUCCUCCAGUAACACAUAUAUAGACCAGAACGGUUUAAUGGAGGAGUCCAAGUCGGACUACGAUGAUGAUGUGGACGACAUCACUACCGACGGGCAGGACGAUGACUCGAAGGACUUCGACGUGGACGACGACCUCGACGACAAGGACACGGAUGACAGAAUGUCCUCGUCGCCGCUAACGUCUGACCCCCAGCCGCCGACCAGAAUCAAAUCCGAGCGCGAGGCUCCAAAGUGGAGUUUCGAAGUGGAACAGAAAACUGUCGGUCUGGCAGCGGGCAAGGAAGACGACAAGAAGUUGUCUCUGUCCGACGAGCCCAGCAAAAAGAGGCAAGCUGUAGAAAACCUCUCGACGAAAAAAGAGGACGGCAAAGCGUCGCCGCCUUGCCUUACUCGCGUGAAAACGGAGGACAUGGCCGAGAACCCCCUGCGCCAUCUCGAAUCCCUAUCGCUGGGAGCGUUCGCUGGACUUGUACCGACGGCGCCAAGGAGUAUCUCUACGUCCGGAGGGGGAGUCUCAUUUCAUGCACCAGGGCUUGGCCUGGCCGAUAUUCCCAAAGAAGCCACAGCAAUAAUCAACAACAACAAUAUUCAAGAUUCGGUACUCCUGGGCCGAGACUCUCCCCCUUCCGAUCACCAGAUGUCCUCUUUGCUUCCUGUCUACCGCGAUGCGGCGCUGGUUGGCUCCGUCGAAAUCCCCGUGGACAAGGAGAACCCGCGACGGUGCACAGCCUGUGGGAAGGUGUUCCAGAACCACUUCGGCGUGAAGACGCACUACCAGAACGUGCACCUCAAGCUUAUGCAUAAGUGUACGGUAGAAGGCUGCAACGCGGCGUUCCCGUCGAAGCGGAGCAGGGACCGUCAUUCGGCCAACCUCAACCUGCACCGUAAGCUGCUCUCCACGUCCUCUGAGAAGGGUGGGGCCCCCGGCGCACCUUUCCUGGACAAGAGCCUCUUUCCCUAUCCCCCUUCAGACUUCUUCUCGAGGCUCUACGACCCACAAGGUCUUCCUCUCAACUUGGCAGAUGUCUACCAUCGUCUUCCUACGGGGCCUGAAGGAUUCGUGCUACCCCCAGCAUUCUCAAUACCUCCCUUCCAUCACCAUCAGCCCCAUGGCGGUCUUCUAGCACCGCCAACGUCUGCGGAUCCUGGACCGUCUUCCGGUACGGACGGGGGUGGAAGUCGAGGUUCCCCAGCGAGUGCAGCAUCUAGUUCGCCUGGUCCUCACUCUCCUGGGGAUCACAUUGAAGACGAGGAUGAUGAAGACGAAGACCAUAAAGACGCAGAUCUUCCAUCGCCAAAGAGCCCUCCGAGGCGAGCGUCCUCGGUGGAAGACACGCCAGUCCCCGUGGCAGCGACGUAACCGUUGCCGGUCUCGCUGCUUAGGUGUUCAUCAACUAUGUACACAUACGUAAAUAAGCUAAAUAUUUCAUCUCAUCAACUCCCACCGCUAGUGUACUUCAUCCCCCUCGGUUCUAAGAAGGAACUUUUUGGAGAAAGAAGACCUUCUGGACUUAUCUGUUACCUUGUUGUGCCAACGGACUCUCAGGCAGCUGUGAUGUUGUCUAUUCGCUGUCCCCAUUUAUAUUAUUUGUCACUUACACCGCGAGUCAGUAUUUUGUAAGACGAGGACGUGGGGGAUCCUCGCCGGAAGACUGUCCAGCGUUACCUCCUCUUGGACGCGGUUUGUACAAAGGAACUUUUUACGAGUACCGCGAAACCCGCGAUCGUGUAGCAGUGUUUUUUCUACGUGUACGUGAUUAAGUUUGUGGAUGUGUCACGGCAGCCGUUUGUGCUUCCUCUCCAAAUCAUAACUUCCUCAGCAGUAUAUACAUGUAUAGUUAUACACAAAACUCGUCUGUAGACGGUUUCGAAGGACAAUCGUACCGAAACACAUGAAGAAAUGUCAGUUGUGUGAAUGCAUCUUAAAUUAUUUGCAUACAAGAGUUGAGAGACUCUGUAUUACACUCGGAAGGAGUUCACGAAAGAAAAAGAAAAACGAGUAAACGUCUUCCAACGUCUUUAAGACGCUGGGGUCAUACCAA